UUUAGUAUCGAAUUAAAAAAAAUGCCAAAGAAUUUAUGGAAAAUCCUUGAUUAUGAAAAGUAUGAGGACUAUGUUACGUUUCCUUCAAUUGAUGAACAAGAGAUAGACGAAAGAGUAGUCUAUAUGGAUGACUUAGAAAAAAGAAAACAAGCGUAUGGAAUAUGUGGAGAAUGUAAUGAACCUGGCACAGGAGAAUUUUGGUGUCAACCUUGUGAUGCUAAAAGAUUUAGAGAAAAUUUUAAAAAUUGGACUAGUGAAAAUGAAGCUAUCGAUGAAUUUAUUCAGCAAUCUCAACUUAGUGCUAUACAUCAUACAAAAUGUCUUGAAUGGAUACCUUUCGAAAACUUUAAAAAAGUUACUUAUAUUUCGAAAGGUAGUCAUGGCAAAUUAUAUUCAGCUGAAUGGUCCAACGGAUGUAUUAAUUCCUGGGAUAUUGAAAAUCAGGAAUGGAAGAGGUGUGACAUGGAAGUUGCGUUAAAAAAUUUUGAUAAUUCUUUCGAUACUCCUGAUAUAAUUACAGAUUUCUUAAAUGAGAUUAACUUACGUUUACAAAUUCAUACCCUUGACGUUAUUCGAUGUUUCGGAUUAACUCAAGAUCCUGAUACUAAAGAUUAUAUAAUGGUUUUAGAAUAUUGUGAUGGUGGAAGUUUGAGAAAUUAUAUAAAUAAAUCAAAAAAUUUUACAGAUUAUGAAUCAAAAAUUUUUAAAUUAUUCCAAAUUACGAGGGGACUUCUAGAUAUUCAUAAUGCUGAAAAAGUUCAUAAAGAUUUUCAUUCAGACAAUAUAUUAAUUACCAAAGAUGAAUUCUUAUAUAUAAAUAAUUUAAGAAUGUGCCAACCAGAAAAUGAAGAGCAACCAAUUAAAAUAGGAAAAAUAUGUGGAGUAAUACCUUAUAUGGCACCAGAAGUUUUAUGUGGAUGCCAAUAUACAAAAGCAGCAGAUAUUUACUCAUUUGGAAUAGUGAUGAAUGAGUUUCUUUCAGAGGAAGUUCCCUUUAAUGAUAUUUCUCAUAACCGCAUUUUAGCCAUUAAAAUAUGUAAUGGACUUAGACCAAAAAUUUCUGAAGAUAUACCAAAAUUGUUUGUAGAUUUGAUCAAUAAAUGUUGGGAUGCUAAAGCUGAAAACAGACCAACUGCUAAAGAAUUAUAUCAAAUAUUUAUUAAAUUGAAUUAUGAUAAAUAUUUUAGCAAUAGUGAAAUCUAUUUUCAAAUAGAAGAAAGUGAUAAAAUCAUGAAGAAUGAAAUAAAAAGCAGUUCAAAAAAAAAUAAUUCUAAAAAUACUCAUGUACUCUCCAAUUCAAUUUAUACUAAUAAGUUUUUAUAUUCCGAAAACUCUCCGGAAUCAUUAUCUCUUCGAUUUAUUUGCAGAUGUUGUAAGUCAGAUGGUCAUCAGGAUCGUGUUAUAAUUUCUACUAUUGAUUUAACUACAGAGAUUGAUGACAAAAUUGUCUAUAUGGAAGAUUUAGAAAAAAGAAAACAAUUGUAUGGAAUAUGUAAAGAAUGUAAUGAACCUGGCACAGGGUUUUAUUGGUGUCGACCUUGUAAUGCUAAAAGAUUCAAGGAUAACUUUAAAAAUUGGACUAGUGGAAAUAAAGAUAUUGAUGAGUUUAUACAACAAUCACAACUUAAUGGUGUAUAUUAUCUUGAAUGGAUACCUUUUGAAAAAUUUCAAAAUAUCACUUAUAUUGCAGAAGGUGAUUUUGGAAAGAUUUAUUCAGCUGAAUGGCCUGAAGGAUUUAUUAAUUAUUGGAAUAUUGAAAAUCAAAAAUGGUAUAGAUUCAAAAGUUUUGAUAAAUAUGCAUUAAAAAGUUUGAAUAAUUCUUCUGAUAUAUCAUAUUUUUUAAAUGAGAUUAAAUCUCAUCUUCAGUUUUACACUUUUAACAUUGUUCGUUGUUAUGGAAUAACUCAAUAUCCAAAUACUAAAGAAUAUAUGAUGGUUUUAAUGUAUUGUAAAGGUGGUAAUUUAAGAUGUUAUUUAAAUGAAUCUAAAGGCUAUAUAAACUAUGCAUCAAAAAUUGAUAUGUUACAAGCUAUUGCAGAAGGACUUCUUGGUAUUCAUAAUGCUGGAAAAGUUCAUAAAGAUCUUCAUUCAGGGAAUAUAUUAUUGUAUAAUGGUUCUAAUCCACUUAUAAGUGAUUUAGGAUUGUGUGAAUUGGAGCAGCCAGAUAAAGUAGAAAAAAUCUAUGGAGUAUUGCCAUAUGUAGCACCAGAAGUUUUACAUGGACGUCAAUAUACAAAAGCAGCAGAUAUCUACUCAUUUGGAAUAAUAAUGAAUGAGUUUCUUUCUGAAGAAAUUCCUUUUAAUGAUAUUCCUCAUGAUUAUAUUUUAGCUGUUAAAAUAUGUAAAGGACUUAGACCAGUAAUUUAUAAAGGUAUGCCAAAAUUACUUGCAGAUUUAAUUAUGAAAUGUUGGGAUGCUAAAACAAAAAAUAGACCAACCGCUAAAGAAUUAUAUUAUAUAUUAAAAAAAUUGAAUAAUGAAAAAUAUUUUAGCGAAUCUGAAAUUUAUCUUCAAAUAGAAGAAUGUGAUAAAAUUAGUGAAGGAAAAUUUAAAAAUAAUUCACGUAAAGAUAUUUUUUCAGAACAUCCAUAUGCAAUUUACACUACUAGACUUUUAAAAUUCGAAAAUCUUUCAGAACCAGUAAAUUCUUCGGAUUUACCUUCUCAAUUUUCUUGAGACGAUGACGAUAAUAUUUUACCAAAUCAAUCAGAUCCAAUUUCAGAAUGUUUAAGUAAACAUUGUUUUAAAAUCUUAAUGAAAUUAAUCAAGAUGAUUAGAAUGAAUUU